GGAGGCAUCCCAUGAUCGCAGACUCAACACGCAUACCCACACCACUGACCUGGGCUUUGCUGUGUCCUGCAUGAGUGUGCAUGUGUGUGCGUGUGUGUGAGCGGGAGUGUGAGUGAUCCCCACGAACCAGCAGCAGGAUGCAGGAUCUCAAGGAGAAUCUGGGAACUUUGGAUUGACGCCCGGGGAUAACGCACGAUCGGCCUGAUCCUCAUCGGGUUUCUCGUGGAUUUAUAUAUUUGGAUGUUGUCUCUUUCCCCCUUUUCUCCUUUUCUUCUAGACAGUGGGAAUUUACGCUUGGCUUACAACUCCUAUUAUUUUUGGCGUGCAAAAUGCCAUUCGCCAAAAGGAUUGUGGAACCGCAGCUUCUGUGCAGGCACCAGAUCCCUAACGAUGAAGGUCUGCUUUUCGAGGACCUAUGUGCCAUCAGUAACGUGGUUCUGUCCCGGACCUUGCGACAGCUUUCCGACCUGGCCCGGCACGCCUGCUCCUUAUUCCAGGAGCUGGAAAACGACAUCCUCAACACCAACCAGCGGGUCUGGGUCCUCCAGAACAAAAUAGGCCAGAUACAGCAGACUGCCAGUGCCCUAGACCCUAAAAAGGAGGCAGUGCCGGUGUCAAACCUGGAUAUAGAGAGCAAGCUGUCAGUGCACUACCAGGCUCCAUGGCACCAGCAACAUAACGUGUUUCAUCCUUGCACCCGACAACCGUGUUUGGAGGAGCUGCACAGAAGUGCUCAGCUCAGUCUCAGGGCUCUGCACAGAGAUGAACAGCAAUUUCAGUGUUCUACAAGCCGGGAUAGAAACAGGGUGACCAUCUCUAUCUCUGUGGCACCUCCUAUGCCCACCUUCCCUUCACCACACACAAUCCGCCGUCAACAGAGGAGCCGCCUGGCGCGAGCACAAGAGAGAGCAGAGAGGGAGCGAGAGUUAGACUAUCAACCCAGGAAGGAGAGGACAGUGAAAGAAACAGAGAUCCAGACCGUACAAAGAAAAUUUGAGUGCUUUUACUCACUUCACCCUAUUGAAGGUUGCAUCUUUAUUCCCUGGAACAGAAAGGCUACCUCAACAGAGGAAAGCGAAGCUGGUGAGGUCUUGGGUGGCCACAAAGCCAAGACCUCAGCCCCCAGUGUCUCCUCAACCCAAGAAAAACAGACAACAUGGUCCAAGGAAAACCCUUCCCCAUCAGAUCAGAAGGCAGCAGCUGACUCUCAUUCCAUCUCCUCCUGCAUCAUCCCUAUAAAUGUAACAGGAGUUGGGUUUGACAGAGAAGCAAGUGCUCGGUGUUCUCUUGUUCAUUCCCAGUCAGUUCUGCAGAGAAGAAGGAAGCUGAGGAGAAGGAAGACUAUUACAGGCAUACCCAAAAGAGUACAUCAAGAUAUGGACUCAGACGAAUCGCCUGUAGCAAGAGAGCGCACAGUGAUUGUCCAUGCUAACCCCCAUCAACUUUCUCUCUGCCAAGAAGAUCUCUCAAUCAGUGGACGCCUCCAUCAUACUCGUGACUCAGGCUGCCAGACAGAUGAUUUUCUUAUAGCAUGUACAGCUGCUCCCUCCAGAAGGCGCAUCAGAGCUCAACGCAGCCAUCAGGGAAUACCUGCCUCUCUCUCUCAUUCAACAGGAAAUAUUUCUUCUCUGGGUGACCAGUCAGACUCCACAUAUACUACUGUCGCAGCCCACGGUGGACGGUUACGCUCUCGUAGCCUACCACGAGAGGGUGGACGCCUGAUAGACAGUGAUGAGGAUGAUGAUGAUGAUAAUUAUGACGAUGAUGAUGAUGAAGAUGAAGAAUUGUCACCUUAUGAAGCAGAAGACUUUAUUCCAGCUGGCCCUAGUCCAAGAAUGAAGCUGAUGAUGAUGAAGGACGAAGAGGAGAGCACGGAUGACCAGGCAGCACCUGAAAACCUGCAACUUGGAAGCUUAAAAAGGUUGCAGCGAUCUGGGGAAAGAGACAGAGGAGGUGGAGGAGGUGUGAGCCCAGAACACAGCUGGAUGGAGAGGGGCCGGUCUCGCUUGCCCCGCAAGGCUGACAUGGGCAGCUGUGAGAUUUCAUCUAGUUCAGAUACAUUCAGCAGCCCUAUUCACUCUGCAUCUACAACUGGAGUCCUAGGUAGCCAUAUAGACCACAAAGAGGACCACCAGUCAUCAAGUGGGAACUGGAGUGGUUCCAGCUCCACCUGCCCCUCUCAGACAUCUGAAACCAUACCCCCACCCUCCUCUCCACCUCUUACAGGCUCCUCCCACUGCGACUCAGAGCUAUCACUGAACACUGUGCCCAAUGCCAUUGAUGAGGGGUUCUCCAUGGAUCCUUCGUACCACUCUGACCUCAGACCACAGGGCCAAGGCCAUAGGUCUAGCUCUUUCACAUCCUCAGCCACAGACCAGCUGGACGAUGCUGGGGUCAGUACAGCCAGUGAAGGGGAGUGGGCAUAUCCUCCAGAUCAAGACCAGACCGAUCCAGACCAAGACCCUGAUCAUACUCAAAACCUAAGCCAAGGUCAUGGGUUAUCCCAGGACUACUGCUCCAGACAAGGUUUAGACCAAGGCCAAGUCUGUUUCAGUGACAGCAAGACCAGCAACAAUAAAAAAGAGCCGUGCUCCCAUUAUCCAUCUGAGUCAGAUGGUUUCUACUCUUCUUCUGAGCAUUUUGGGGAGUGUAAUCCAAGUUAUAGAGGAUACGUGUAUAACUAUGCAGACCCAGUACCUGACUGUAGUCAAUCCAGCACUGUGGCACCACAAGUAUCCAAUGGAGUUUACCCUCAGCCUUUGGCUGACUUUAAAACAGGCACUAUGACCCUGGGCAGGACGUGUCAUCCAGUGAGGAAACCAAAAGUAAAACCCCCACCGCCCAAACGAACCUCUUCACUGAAGGAGACCAGUAGCAGUGUUGACGUUGGAACAGACACGCAAGCAGAUCAGGAUCAACCAAAGAUGGUUAGUGAGCUUACCUUGUCUUCCACGGAUAUAAAUCUGGAACUGGACCUAGAGCUUGGAGGUGCUCCGGAACCAUUACAAACAUCUUGCUUAGUGGCAGAGCCUUUGGGAACUUGGGGAAUGGGACUAGGUGAAACUGUGGACAUAGUAGAGCCUGUAUCUUUCAGCUCUGCAGAUACACACUCAUUUAAAGAUGAAGGUGCUGUGCAAUCUGACUAUGCAGACCUGUGGCUUCACAACACUGAGCUGAAGUCCAACAAUGGUGAGUACACCUCAAUGUCCAACUCAAGUACAGCCACAGGCACUACUGUAAUGGAUUGUAUGAAGUCACCGGACAGCUCUUCCUCCUCCACAGAAACACAAAUUCAGGCCUAUGCCCAAGCCUCAGAAACCAGCGCGACUAGUCCACCACUUCCACCUGAAGAGUUCAAACUUGCAUCACCAGAGAAGCUGGCUGGCCUAGCUUCACCAUCAAGUGGCUAUUCAAGUCAGUCAGAGACUCCAACGUCAACCUUGCCCACUUCAUCAGCAGCCUUCUUCCCAGGACCUCUCUCUCCUUCAACUGGCAAACGGAAGCCCAAAGUGCCAGAGAGGAAGUCUUCACUCUCUUCCCUGCAGCACUUUCCCAGAGAAGGAUCCACAAUUUCUUCUGCCUAUAAGAGAGACCCAGACUUCCCACCGCCACCUUCGCAACUUGAUCUUAAUGUUCUUCAUGGUGGCUAUGUUAAACACACACUUUCCCAUCGGACACACCACAUGCACACACUCCACCACAGCAAACACAGAGUUGCAAAUGUGUGUCCCACUGGAACAAAGUUGCUGGCCCCUGAGGCAUCAAAUUCUACCCUGCCCCCAAGUUCAAACACAGCUUUAACAAUUACCACCUCCAAUCAGUUGGUGAUAACUCCAUCUGCUCCUCGUUCAGUGCAGCUCCAUUCUGUUAGCCAAUCUACAGACAGCAGUUCUUCUACAGAUCAAGAAAAAGCAAGUGGAGCUGAGACUGCUACAAGACCCAAAUGUCCACCUAGUGCUUCUACUUUGGCUCCACCACCAAUUACCACAAGGCCUCUCCCUCCUCGCAGACCACCUCCAAGACCUCCAGCUCAUGAUCACACCUCCUCUCCCGAGCACUCACAACCACCUCCCCCUGGUCGUCAUCCUGAUGGGCCACCAUCCUAUGAAAGCCUGCUAUUAAGGCAAGACCGAUAUGGGCCUGGAACAUUCUGGGCAAUGACAGCCUUCAGAACACGAAUGGACUUAUCAUCUGACCUCUCUGAAGAAAGCUCGCCCUUGCAUCGACCAGUGCCACGUGCUCCCCACCCUUCACCUGUAGAUCUACACACACAUAUCCACUCUCAUGCGGAGUUCAGAGGGCUCACACACUCAUCCCAUGCACACCCUGAGUUCAGGGUUUUGGGAGAGCGCUCAUUCUCCCAGGAUGAUGAUGAUGAUGAUGAUGAUGAUGACGAUGAAGACGACGAAGAGGAAGAGGAGGAGCAGGAAAAAGAGCUGCAAAGGACAGUAUGUUCCAGAGGUAGCAUGCGAUCGGACCACCCGCCGCCCCCAGCAUAUGAGUUUGCUGGGGUAUCCCAUACAGACUCAGGGCCCUGGGCUAGUCCAGUCAAAGUGCCUGGUAUCAAAAUGGAGACAUCGCAUCCUUACCUAAUCAGCGAUGCAAGAAAAAGAGGACAAGAAGAACAAGAAGAGGAGGAAAUGACAUCAGGUGCUACCAGAAGUGCCCAUCAGCAGCAACCACAAGAGAGUAAAGAUGAUUCCACCACUCCUGACACAGAGGACUACUUUAGUAAAGGGCUCUUGUGUGCUGCAGAUUCAACACCUAGUGAUAAUUCCCUCUCCCCUAUGAUGGAUGAAACCAAAGUGGACGAUGACAUUAUUAUCACAUCUCCCAACAAGACUCGCACAACUGAGGAUCUGUUUGCCAUGAUACACAGAUCCAAAAGAAAGGUUCUGGGCCGUAAAGACUCGGGAGAUUUAAUCGUGAAGUCCCGUCUUUGUUCUACAGUACCAGUGACCUCUGGUAGCAUCCCCAACGUCAUUAUUCCACCAGCCCCUCCCCUCAAUAUACCAGCUCCUUUAGCAACUGCUGCUGGAUCACAACGAGCCCCUGUGCCAAUCUACCGCAGUGCGAAGAAAUCUACCACAUCAAACGAAGAGUUUAAACUCUUGUUGUUGAAGAAAGGAAGCAGGUCUGAUUCCAGCUACCGCAUGUCAGCUACAGAAAUUCUGAAGAGCCCUAUCACACCUAAAAUCCCAGGAGAGUCUCCUCCAGAAGGGCAUGUUAGACAACUCGAGGAACCACUAUCAACACUCCAGGAGCCCCCACUUUCUGGCUUUGACCCGAUUCAGAUACCAGGUCUUUUUCCUAGGGCCAACUCAGAGAGUUUCACCUCCAAAACCUUACCUAUGUCAGCUGCAUCUCGACAAGGACGUUCACGGAUCCCCCCUGUAGCCAACAGCAGUCGCUACAGUACACGCAGUCGCCUCUACACAGCGCCCAUGCAAGCCAUUUCUGAAGGGGAGACAGAAAAUUCAGAUGGGAGCCCUCAUGAUGAUCGAUCAUCUUAAAGAAACACUUGAUAAAAUCUGUCAUAUUUUCUAAGCUGUAUUCUACAUCUGAAAUGGCCCCAUAUACUUUUCUAAUGUUAGAUAGGUGUGUCAUCUAGGCAGUCUGACUUUGCUAAAAUGCACCUAGUUUUGAUCAUACUACACUACUGAAGGGACUCAAGUGUUGUGUGAUAAGGAGAUAUUUAUGAAAACCUUGAGGACAUACCUAACUACAGUGUUAAAAAAGAAAUCCCUCAUAGUUAAACGUGCAAGCUUUGAGACCUAUUUUAAUUGAACUGGCUUUUUAAAAGUAUAUAUAAAAAUCUUUUUCAAAUAUUUCGCUAGUUAUGAAAAUAUAGUGAAGUAUGGACAAAGUGCGUGUGCAUGAAAUAGCACAUUCACAGAUAUUUGUACUUCUUGUAUUUUGAAUGGCUGCGUGUGUGUCACUGAGAAACUGAUUUCUUAUAAAAAUUGAAAAUUCUAAUAAAACUGAAUAUUCUUUGAAUUUGGUACCCAAGGCACCAUCCUUAACUCCCAGAGUACAUAAUUAAUAUCCCCGCCAACAAGCAAGGGUUGACUGAAGUACUUACUGAUAACAUCUUAACACAGCAUCAACUUAUUAUAUUACCAUCAGCAGGCCUGGCAUAGAGAGUAUAUCACACAGAGCUAAUCAUAUAUUACGUCAUAUAAAUUAUAUCUAAAAAGAUACCAUGUUGCAUGUAUUUUUGUAAACUUGCGACUCAGAACAUGGUGAUAGAAUUUCUCCAUGUUGCAUGACUGUCUAUGGAAACAUCCCCUGGAUCCUGGUUUCUGUCAACAUUUUUGUGAUUCCUUUGUAUAAAAAUAAUCUUUCACUGUGAAUGGUUUUAGUGACAUUUGUACUGCAUUGCCAGUGAUCUAGAUUGAUUUGUUUUAGAUUUGAUGGUCUUACAAUAAGGAGAAAGGGCUUGCUUCUGGAUGGGGCCCAUUUGUGUAAGGCACUGGCUAAUUUUGGACAAUCGCACCGUGGCCUUUCACUAUCAGAGGUGGCUGUAUACAGAUCAUCUAAAAUCUCUGUACAUACUGUACAGUACAUGGCCCUGCUCCAUGUUCCACCAGAAUUCAAUCACAUAGGGGCGUAAACCUAACAUGGAAAUCUGGCAUGUUUAGACUGAUUAAAGCUUUUUCAUCAGCUGACCAGUCUUGCUGUGCUGAUUUCACAUGGAAAAAAGGGAUUCCAAAGCAGCUUUACACUUGGGUGUAGAUGUUAACAAGAACUAACAAUAACUUUAGAAGGUCCCCAAUUGGUUUGAAUAGAGGUUAAUUUGGAAAGCUUUCCAAAAAACAACUCAGUUUUGCACUUCACGAUUCUGUUGAAAAAUAUAUAUAUAUCUUAAAAUGUAUAUUUAUAUUGAAUAUUAAAGUCAUAUCUAUAUAAAACUUCAAGCAGGCAAUUUAGAGGGAACAAUCCCAAGUGUAGCAAAAAUCAACAGGUCUCAGACAACAUCACACAUGCAUCCUAGCAAUGUACAAUGUUCUCUUCUUGUUGCCUCUCCUUCAUUUGCACUGACCCAGUAGCAUUAGGUGAAAGCUGAAGUACACCAUUUUGUCUUAUCCUCAUCAUAUCACAAAACCCUAAAGAGAGGACACAAGAAGAGGAAUAAAUGUAUUAAAAAGUCACUGCAACCUUUUCAAACACUGGAAUUAAAAGUGUGCUGUAAGAUCUCAUCCUUCCAAUAGAUGUUACCAAUGACAUUUACUGUAACAAAGUAACCUUUAUUGGAAUGAAGGUGACCAGUCUGUUACAGAUAGUAACUAUCCAUAGCUAACAGCAAAACAACACAUUUUCCAGUCAGAGAUCACGAAACGAAAAUCAUUUACUGUAUUCUGUGAAUACCUCAACAAGCAUAUUACUGUUUUACUGUAAAUGCAAUAGAUACAUAGAUAGAUAGAUAGAUAGAUAGAUAGAUAGAUAGAUAGAUAGAUAGAUAGAUAGAUAGAUAGAUAGAUAGAUAGAUAGAUAGAUAGAUAGAUAGAUAGAUAGAUAGAUAGAUAGAUAGAUAGAUAGAUAGAUAGAUAGAUAGAUAGAUAGAUAGAUAAACCACAACUGUUUAAAUCUCAGCAAAUCUGAGUUGCAGAACUGACACUGUGUAAGAUGGAGAGGGUACAAAGCUGUGAAAUGACUAUUAGAAUUUAACAUUAAUUAAACUCAUAUUGUGAGAGCUCAUUUUUUCCUAUUUGCUGUUUUAUUUGUUGUGUUUCCUAUCGCAUGCAAUAACUAAAAAAAAGACAGAAGGACACCACCAUUAUUAUUUUUAUCUGAGGGAUGUCUCCAUACAACAAGAAAAGAAUUUGUAUUUUCCAUUGAAAUGUCAAGUUCAAUAGUGUGUUCUACAGUAUAAUGUACAAAAUGUUUGGCUAAUUCUGUUCUGUAUAGUUGUGACCACAAACAGGGGUUUAUCUUGUACUGUAAAUCUACUCACUGGACAAUCAACAUAUAAGAGACUGUAAAGAAAAUGAUAUAGAAUCUGUCGGGGGAAAAGUUUCUUGGGAAUGCUUUGCGAGUGAGAGACAUAUUUCCUAGGGGAAACUGCUGAUAUAGUUCAAACUUAAUAAAAACACAAAAGAGUAUGUGGCCGAUCUGGCCAAGAUAAAGUACAUAGUACAAAUAAAAAAAAUGUUAAAAAUCCAUUCACAGACCCCAAAUUAGUUUGAUCAUAUCAGAAAGACCUUGUCUUUUGACUCGUAACAUACGUUUUUAUUGCUGACAAAACUUAUUAUAAAAUAAUUUAAAAAUCUUUAUAGUUGAUAGAGUAUUUUGAAAAAACAAUAUGACUGCAAAAUACUAAAAUAAAAUAAGAACGUUAAGUGUAAUUUCUGUACUGUACCUGAAAACCUUCUCUAAAAUACUUAAGACUGUUUGCUUCACCUACAGUAAGUCGUGGACAAAGACAAACUGUUAUGUUGCCAUGCAGCCCCAUGUUUAGCUCUCAUUUAGCCAUCUCAAACCUCAGUCCUCAACAGCUUGAAAACACUCAAGAAUCUAAAAGCUUAAUGGAUUAUUUUCCAACCUGACUUCUAAUAUCUGCAUGCAGAUUUUAUGAAGGGAACAACCACAUCAUGAUUUCUUUCAAAGGUGUACAGUAUGGAAGAACACUAGACAGAACACUUAAACAUGUGACAUAAAAACGAAAAAUAUAGAUGCUAGAGGACAAAUUUAAAAGAAGCUUCAUGUUUAAAAUUAGAUUGUACUUAACAGAUUUGAAUCACUUUUGUAUUUUUGUAUAAACGUGUAAAUAUCUUUUUAAACAAAACAAACCUUGCAAAUUCUCAUUUGUAAAAAAAAAACAAUAAAACAUUAAAAACAAUUUUUUUUUUAAGUUUACAUGAUUAUUUCCAAGCCUUUGUACAUUUUGAAGCUGUGCAACACCUUCAGUCUUGUAUUUAUUUUUGAGGCUAACAACAUUGUGAAAAUUCCAUUAUUCAAUAUAUAAUUCAUUUUGACAGCUUAUCACGCUGCUUAGUAACUGUGCAUAGAAAAACAGCCAAUAAAUGUGACUGCAUUGAAACUGAAA